CAUUUAAGUUAAAUUCUAUUUGUCAAUAUAUAAAUUUCGGAAUGGUUUGCUAAAAUAUUAUUUUAGAAGAAGCAAAAUUCUGGGCGAAUUUACAACUUCAUAACAAAUAAUUCUCUGCUACUGGUGCUGGUAUGGAAGGUGGUGGGGGCAUGGUGGCGGUGGUGCGGGGUCUGAAGGAUGCAGGGCUGGCGGUUACUUUGCUGGAUGGCGGGAGACAGUACACCCUCGUCCCAAAUGGUAUAGCCGGUUCCCAAGUUCCACCAAGUUCUUUUACUAACAAACAGAUGACAACAGAAUCUUACACUGACUCUACAGUACAUUGUGAUAAUAGUGUUCAAGUGACUGAUGGUAGAUACACUAGUAUGUAUAAGACAUCUCAUUGCAACGUCACGCCAUCUUCUCCAUUCGUGGAGUUGACAGAGUUUCCACCACAGCGCGCUGAAUUAAGUCCCGGUCAUGGCAACUUUGUGGUUGGUGGUUCAGGCAGUGGAGAGACCUACUAUACUCCAACUAAAGUUAAUGGAUUCUACCGAGGAGGCAUGUCUUGGCCUGAUAGAGGAUCAGUCUGCAGUCCAAGACCGUCGCGGGAACCUGAUGCUUUUGCUAAUUCCCUGAGGAAAUAUCCGUCCAUAUCUCCAGAGAGGUCUACGGAAAUUAUGGAGAGACUUAUCACGUACACUCAAGCCAAAAACUUGACCAAAUCCCAGGGAAGAUGUGUAUCUCCGACUCGAAACCUCAUUGAUUCUGACACAUCAAAUCUGGUUGUAUCUCAAAGGAAUUGUAAAAACAUAUCAUCAAGUAAUCUUAGGAACUAUGAAGAUGUUAAGCCUACCUACAAAUCUCAAAGGAAUGAAGAUAUUACUAGUAAAUUGUCACCAAGGGAAGCACCAACAAAAGAGAAUACAAAUAAAAGAGGUAUGAAUGAGUGUGGCAACGAUUACAGAAGAAAUGUUGGAAAGACAAACGACGUUAAACAUGAUGAUGAAACGUCUAAACGAGCUGGUGAUGAAAUGAGAAACAUCCAUAUUCUGCACACUGUUAUCCUGCCACUUAUGCUGCAUUCGACAGUUUUAAGCAGCAACGAAAACAUAAGGCGAGUUAAUUCUGUGAACAUAGAAAUACAAGCGGCUGUGGAAAUGGAGUCUAAGGAAAUGGCCACAGUACCUCGAGCAGAGCCAUUGAGAAGAACUGUAGCUGUCCCCCUUACUCCGACAUCCUCAGAAGCCAUCAGAAAAUCAGAAGGUGCAGUAUCACAUAAACUUUCCAAUACGUUAAUGGUUAAAAACAAAUCUAAACCUGAAAUAGACUAUAAUGCGAAGCAUUUAAAUUCGGCGGACACUUCCAGCUCUAUAGAACUAGCAAACCAUAGUUGCAAUUAUGAAAGUAAUAGAAAAGCCAAAUCUGAUGAAGACUUGAGAAGAAAGAAGGAUGUAGAAGAAGAGAUUAUUAAGUUAUUGGAAUAUAUAGCUAAUGGUGAGCAUAGUGACACUACAGCGAACUUACUAAGCGAUGUAUUAGAUGAUAUGCAGAUUAAAUUUCAAAAGUUUACAAAAGAUCUAUCAUCGACAACUCAGAUAGAAAAGGUAAAGAAUAAGGUUAGAAGACACGAGGAUACACCUGAUGGGAUAUCGUAUAGUAUUCAUAAUUUUAAUGAUGCUAAAGAAGUAGUAAAAAGACUUAAGCACAAUAGAUUUAAGAAUCAUAAUGCGAUGAAACUAAAUAAAUCUGAAAUGAAAUCCUUCAGGAAAUCAAGUGAAAAUAUAGAAUUAGAAGAUAUAGUAAAGAAAUGGGUUGAUGAUUUACCAUUUAAAGAUCAAGAUUUAUUCGACAAACAAAUAAGAAAAUAUAAACUUGAUAUAUUUAUGACGAGUUUAUUAAAAUUGAUAUCAAAUAAGUGUAGAAUAAAUAGCCAUUUAAAGACAGAAAUAUGUAGUCUGCUUAAUGAAAUGCCUUUUGAGAUUAAUGGUUGUAAUAAAGGUAAUUAUUUAUGUAAACAAGUAGAUAAUCUCAUAAGCAGAAUUAAGAAUACCUCACGAAGUAAUUUUGAUGUAACAAAUAUAAAAAGAAGUAAAGAAUUUGAAGAUAUUAAGAUACCGGCUUCCAAAUCCAACACACCGAUACAAUUAAACCAUGAAAUUAUCAAGCAAAUAGUAGUAAAUGAACUUUAUAGUUUCUUCCAAAAGUUUAAUAUUAAAAUCAAUACAAAACUUCUUAUGGAAGUAGAAUUUGUAAUUACAAAUAUAUUAAUUAAAGCAAUUAAUAAUAACGAUAAUAUUAAUAAUAUGAAAAAAGAUCUAAUGUCAUAUCUAAACAGCAUGGAAGGAGUUUUCUUUAAUAAAGGCACAUAUUUUAUUAAUUCUUUGUAUGAACAUUUAAAAUAUAUUAAUUAUAAGGUUACUUCACAAACUACAGGAAGUAAUAAUAACAUUCAUAAUUAUGUGAUAUUACAAAACACAGUCAGUAACGCCAAGGAACAGAACACGUAUACUGCUACACAAUACAAUAAUGUAACUAUGAACAAAAAUUCAUCUACGUCAGUCACCAAUAAACAUUCCAACUUAGAUGCAUAUAUGAAUGAAUUAUGUUUCCAAAUUGAUGAAUGGCUUACCAUUUUGGAUGUGCAUAUUCCACUAGCUAAUGAAAGUAUCUUUAGACAAGUCGCCGUUAAAGAUUUAGCUGGUGAUAUAAUAGAUCGUUAUAAAUAUUUAGAAUUAAAUCCAUCAAGUCGUGUAUCUGAUAAAGAAGAACUAGAACAAUUGAAAUACCAGAUAUUCAAAUGGAUUAACAAAUUGGUGGGAGAAAACAAUACGGAAACAAUAAAACACGCAUCAGCAUUAAUGCAGCGAAUACAGAAUAUACCUGUACCUGUGAAUAUCGUACAACUAAAUUAUAAUGGAAUUAAUAACCUUAAUAACAGCAAGGAGGAAGCUCCUUUCGGUAAUAAUGAAUGUCCAAAUUCAAAUAUUAGUAAAAGAGUUAAUAAAUCUGUUGAUAGAGAAACAAUUACACAUUUGAACCAAGCAACCAGUACACAUAAUAUAAAACCAAAUCAAAAAACGGUAGGAUCUGAAUGUCAAAACAUACAAGAAAAAAGUUAUAAUAAUAAAACAAACCAAGCUCAUGAAAUUCCAGUAUCUGCUUUGCAAGUACCAUGUUGUCCAGAUUCCAGCUCUUUACGACCUUCAUCUCCAUCAUUGAAACAAAUCAAUGAGGAUUAUGACGUUUUUCUUAGGAACUGGAUAAAAGGUAUACCUGUAAUAGCUUCAAGUGCCGAAGAGGCUGAGAAAGCUAAAAUAGGCAUAUAUAAUGGCAUUUGGAAAGCCAUAACAAAACUUAAAUUCGAACCAACAAUAUUUUAUAAUCAAUUUUACUACGAGGAUGUGUUAGAAAGGGAAAUAGAAGAACUACUUAGUUGCUUGCCACAAACACCAGAGCUUUUAUCUAAAAAGGAGUUACUGAAAGCAAAGCUUUUAGAAAAAACUACUAACACUAACCAUUUUAUUAUGUCUACCGCUGCACCAAGUAGUUUUAAACAGCAUCUCAUAGAAAAUGUGACGAAUAAUAUUCGCGGCACUGUAUCGACUAAAGAUGAUGAUCCCAAGAAACUGUACGAGGAUCUUCAAAUAAUAAGAUUGGUUGAAUACUACAUACUCUGCACUAGAUUCAAAGACGAAGAUAAAGUGAAAACAAUGGCUUACCGAAAUAAGUUAUUAAAGGAAGUCGAAGUAUUAGUAAACAGUUUAAAGAAAACUCAUGGAAAAGAUCUUAAGGAUAUCAACCCGGACUUAUAUUUUAAUGAUAUUUUGAAUGCAUUACUUAAAGUUUCUUUACCUAGUGAUGACACAAUAAAAGAAGAAGCUGACGAAAUACAGUUGGGCCUUGAUAUUGAACAGUGGUUAUCCGACUUACCCAUGCAGCUAAAUGAUAGCUAUUUGGAGCAAUUGCAAAGAAAACGAUUAAGAGAAGCUUUGGCAAAAAAGAUUCAUGAAAUGCAAAAGAACACGCCAAUAGAUUGUUCCGCAGAAAGAGCACUUAAGCACGAGAUAUCAAAAUUCUUGGAGAAGGUACCUUUACAGCAAGGUGAAAGUUUGAACAUCAAUUUCAUGGUAGAUGAACUUACAAAUAGAAUAAAGAAUAGAGCAGCAGAACCAAAUGUAAGAAAAUCUGUGACAUUUCAAGAAACGUCUUUCGCUCAGCCACAACAAAAUCAGCAUCAUUAUAAUCCGUUUCCAAGUUUACAAUCCAGACGACAGUCUAUGUAUGAUAAUGCAGUAACACCCAGAAAUAGAAAUAAUUCUCAAGUUCAAUUUGGCUCACAUUCCAAUAGUCUAAUCCAUGAUAUCCCACCAUACUACGUUUUUGAUAAUGAAAGACCUGUUAGCUCUUCCUUCGAUGUUGCCAACGACGAAGAACAGUGGUUAACAUUACAAAACAGUCAGGAACCUUAUAACCCAUGUCUUAGAAAUGAGUCACAUAUUCUUCCAAAUUCUCAGACUUCACAUUUACAGAAUCGAGCACCAAAUAACAAAGUUCUUAAUGAAAGAUCGUUUUAUAAUCAAAGGCCCGUACCUCAAACAAGUUCAAAUCAUAUUACACAACACCAAAGUUUAAAUCCAGAACGAAGUUCUAGAAAUAAUCAAAUUCUUCAUGACAGUACAGUUGGUAAUGUAAAUAACCAAGGUCGUGUUUCACAACCAGUAGUACCUGAUAUUCAAAUUAAUGAAGGAACUAUAUAUGUUAAUAAAAAAAACAAUGCUCAAUUUCAAAGUCCUGCACCAAAAGAAAUGCAAUAUCUAAAUGCAUACAACUCCUACAGACCUACAAAUCAAAGACAAGUGUCUAAUCAAACUGGAAAUAUUCCUGGUGGUAUUUCUACCUACGGUCAACCACAAGGAUUUUCCACACCUCAACAAGGUAUUCCACAAGAAUCACCUAAGGUAGCAAGAAAGAGACAACGGAGUCAUAGAGCCUGCGAAAAUAUACAAGGUCGACGAUUAGAACUUGAAGAAAUGGAUACAGAUGAAGAGCUAAAACCUCGUUUGUUGGAGAAUACAAAACAUAAACUGAAUGUACAUAACAAUCAAGAACAAGAAAGUGCUGGAAAGUCAACCAAUUUUAAAUCGGUACAAACAGCAUUUAGUUCAAUAGAUUUAAAACCAGAGAAUUGUUUUCAGUGCUGUAGAACAAGCAAAACUAAAUCUAAUGAAAUAGUAAAUAAAAAUGUAAUAGAAACUUCAAUACAAGAGGAGGUUUUAGAAUGGUUUCAAGAUUAUUUUACAAGUAAUACAAAAGCAGAUGCAUGGAAAGAGAAAUUAAAAAGAUACAGCCAAAUCUGA